AUGGCCAAAAGCCUGGCUGAUCAGGAGAUCGUCACCACCAUCAACGCCAAACCUCCAGCAAAGGAGUUCCACCCCUCUCCUCUGGCUUGGGAAGAUCAGCUCCUCUACUUCUUGCUACCAGAUCGCUUCUCUGACGCCAAUGAGAAUGGUUACAAGGACAUCCAAGGCCAACCUGUCGAAUCCGGCACUACUCCUCAGUUUCAGCCUCAGGAUAGUGGCAACGCCACGCUCACCGAUCAAGACGCUGCGGAAUGGCGCGAGGCAGGUACCGUCUUCGUAGGCGGCACGCUCGACGGUCUCAAAAGCAAGCUGGGUUACCUAGGUAGAUUGGGCGUCACCGCUAUAUGGGUUGGUCCCAUUUUCAAGCAGGUGUCCAAACUCCAGACGUACCAUGGCUACGGAGUACAGGAUUUUCUCGAUGUCGACCCACGCUUUGGAACCCGUGAGGAGCUGAAGGAUCUCGUUGCCACCGCCCACCAACACAACAUCUACGUCCUUCUGGACAUCAUUCUGAACCACAGUGGAAACGUUUUCCAAUACGUUGCCAGAGACCCACAUUACACGGGUGACACAUUCGACGUUAAGGGUUUCUACGACCAAGAUCGCCAGCCUAACAUCCCGCUCGGCAAGGUCGACGAGCAGAAACACCCUGGCGCGUUCCCCAACGCAGCUGUGUGGCCAUCGGAGCUCCAAGAUGCAAACUGCUUCACCCGCAAAGGCCAGAUCAACAGCGACGGCUGGGACCUCGAGCCCGAAUACCUGGACGGGGACUUCUUUGACCUGAAGGACAUCGCGCUCGGCAACUCCAACCCGGACAAUUUCACCGCACCCCCAGCCCUUCGGGCCCUCUGCGCAUGCUACAAAUACUGGAUCGCGUACGCCGACAUCGACGGCUAUCGCAUCGACACGGUCAAGCACAUGGGCGACGGCCCGACCCGAUACUUUGCAAGCGUCAUCCACGAAUACGCCGCAACGCUCGGUAAGGACAAGUUCCUGCUGAUUGGCGAGAUCACAGGAUCCCGCGCCUUCGAGACCGUGGAAGUCACAGGCCUCGACGCCGCUCUGGGCAUAGGAAACGUCCAGGAGAAGCUCUGGCGCGUCCCUAAAGGCCAGGCUUCCCCAGCCGAGUACUUCGACCUGUUCCGCAAUGCCCUGUUCCUCAACAAGGGCAGCCACACGUGGUUCCGCGACCGCGUGGUCACCAUGAUCGACGACCAUGACCAGGUCUGGCGCGGCGAGAACAAAGGCCGCUACUGCUCAGAGGGUUCCGGCAAAGACCUCAUCGUGGCCGCCAUAGCCCUCAACCUCCUCACGCUCGGCAUCCCCUGCAUCUACUACGGAACCGAGCAGGCCUUCGACGGCUCCGGCGGCGCAGACACCUACAUCCGCGAAGCCAUGUUCGGGGCCCGCUUCGGCGCCUUCCGCAGCAAGGAGCGCCAUUUCUUCGCCGAGGACGGCAACCCCGUCUGGACGGGCACCGCAGCGCUCGCGAGCCUGAGGAAAAAUGAGAUUGCCCUAAGGCGAGGACGCCAGUACCUGCGCGAGAUCUCGGGUGAUGGCGCGCAUUUCGGGUUUCCGUUUAAGAUCGGCAAUGGACCGAUUCGGUCCGUACUGGCGUGGUCGAGGUUGUUCGCGGACGAGGAGGUCGUUUGUGCGGUCAGUACGGAUCCAGCCAAUACCUUGUCCGUCUGGGUGACGGUCGACGCUGAGGUGCAUCCUGCCGUUGCGCGUGAUGAAUUGCGGCUGCUCCACUCGUCUUCCUCCUCGUCUUCCUCGAGCAGCGGGACUGGCGUGGUGCCUGACACGAUCAAGGUCGAAGCGCGGAGUGGGAGGAGCACAGUGAAGUUGACUGUGCCUCCUGGCGGUGUGGUCGUCUACAAGUGA